AUGGACAAAGCUGAAACGUGGGACUUUUGUGCACCAGAAUAUGAAACUCUUGCUCUACCAGUGACAGUUCCAUGCAUCACUAAGUUGCUCGAACAGGUUUCUAUUCUACCUGUCACGGUAUCUACUGCUCAAACCAUUAAAGCAAUUGAUAUUGCCGGUGGAGCAGGAUUUUUAAGUACAUUACUUGGCGAAGCGUAUUCUAAAGCGGGACUUCUCGAGAAAGUAACAAUUUUAUCAAGUGAUUUUUCACCGAAAAUGGUUGAAUUUACCGAGCGUUGUUUUGCCAUAAGAUGGGGAAUAUGA